UAAUCUGUUCCAGUUUCUCUUCCUGUAGCCACCAGCUAACCUACAUUCCUGCUGACAGCAGAGAUCCUGGUUUAAAUAGGUGUGUGUCAGCUGACAGUUGUGUGAUGCUAGCAUGUUAGCGUCGGAGUUGGCAAGAAGAUACUGUACCAAUUCAGCGUUUAUCGAAGUGGUGCGGUUCUCUUUUAUAGUUUAACCAUUUAUUUGUUUGUUUGAUCUUAAAGUUAACAAAGCGAACAGUUUUGUUUAACAUGAAAUUACCUUUCCAGCGCUAAAUGGCUUUUUAUAGCCCUUAGCAAGCUGAAAGAGCCAGGAAGCUAAUCUUCCUAGCAACUGUAGCUAGCUGUGACAGCAGGUAAGCUAACCAACGGUUAUCUUCAUGGAGAGCCUUAAAGUGCUAGCCAAGCUUUUAGGGUGAGUUAUGUGAACAAACUGUAGACCAGCGGCUCCUGUGGAGGUAAAUGUUGAAUAAAUGGCAAAAAUAGAGCAGGGCAAUGGGGUUGACUUGCGGGGCAGCCAAGAGAAGCUGACAGAUAAUGGGAAAGGCAGCUCGUAUGGAUCCGACCCAGAGGUAAACGGCAAUGUCCCCGGGGAGAAAGAGGUGGACAAGUACGGGUUCAGCGGAGGAGCCCAGCAACACUCAUCUGCUGAAGAAAUCCCAACUGAUGUGCUGAGGCAGCGGGAGUCAAAAUGGCUGGAAAUGCUCAACAGCUGGGACAAGUGGAUGGCCAAAAAACACAAGAAGGUGAAAGAGCGCUGUCAGAAGGGGAUCCCUCCAUCCCUGCGUGGCCGGGCCUGGCUCUACCUCACUGGGGGCAAAGUUAAAAGGGAACAAAACCAAAGAAAAUUCCAGGAACUGGACAGUCAGCCAGGAGAUCCUAAAUGGGUAGAUAUUAUUGAGAGGGACCUCCAUCGGCAGUUCCCGUUCCAUGAAAUGUUUGAAGCCAGAGGGGGUCAUGGGCAGCAAGACUUGUUCCGUGUGUUGAAGGCUUACACUCUGCAUCGGCCUGAAGAGGGUUAUUGUCAGGCUCAGGCUCCAAUCGCUGCUGUUCUCCUGAUGCAUAUGCCAGCUGAGGAUGCAUUCUGGGUUCUUGUUCAGAUUUGUGAGAAAUACCUCCCUGGAUACUACAGCUCAGGGCUGGAGGCGAUCCAGCUGGACGGGGAGAUCCUGUACGCUCUGCUGCGGCGGGUGUCCCCGGUGGCCCACCGUCACCUGAAGAAGCACAAGCUGGAGCCCGUCCUGUACAUGACCGAGUGGUUCAUGUGCGCCUUCUCCCGGACUCUGCCCUGGGCCUCUGUGCUGCGGGUCUGGGACAUGUUCCUUUGUGAGGGAGUAAAGAUCCUCUUUCGGGUAGGCCUGGUUCUCCUGAAAUGCACGUUGGGAUCCCAGGAGAAACUGAAGGCCUCUCAGGGUCUGUAUGAAACAAUGGAGCUGCUCCGAGCCAUACAGCCACAGUACCUACGAGAAGGCUUCCUGGUGCAAGAGAUAAUUGAGUUAGGGGUGUCAGAGAAAGACAUUGAGAAGGAACACUUUGCUCAGCUGCGCCGCUGGAAGGAGACUCAUGGAGAUCUACACUGCAAGUCCCCUCCCAGGAUGCACGGCGCUAAAGCUAUCAUUACGGCAGAGCCGCCCAGCCGCCAGGACCUGAAACAAAGGCCCACCAUCAUCGUGCAGUCGCCCCUGGCAACGCAGACGGACGGAGAGAGAGAACAGGAUGCCAAGGAGAGUGCAAAGACUAACAAGGGGAAACAGAAGAAAACGGUUAAUCCUUACCUUUCUCCCAGUGACCCCUCCCUUCUCCUCAAACACAUGACUGUACAAGGGUCCAAAGAAAGUCUGAGCAGCGCCGAGCAUGACACUUACCUGUAGCGGGGUAAGUGUCCCAGUUUACUAACAUCACCAUUCACAACAGCCUUUACAGUUUUAAGUAAAUGUUCUUGAGUCACAGUGACAUGACAAAAAUAGGAUAAAGCUGCACAAAGUAUACAACAUACAUUUUGUCAUUGUCACAAUUGUCCAUAAGCUCAUGUCUGUGCGACCGCACAUGUGCAAACUAACUGAGCUUUAAAAGUCAACAAAGUUUAGCUGUCAUGUCAUUUAUACAUGUUUCUAUUUACCUUACUUAUAACUAAAUGGAACUCGUAAAUGUGUAAUUGCGGAACAAUGGAUGACAACUCUGUGCUGUGAGGGACAUUGAGCUAAUUCAGCUAUAUAAUGCUGCAGAGAUUUGUUUUCGAAAGCUAACCUGCUUGUUAGUAUCACUCUGGUUCACUCUACAAAGCCAAUGGGAUUUGUCCAUUUGAGUUUGGAUUAUUGCAGAAACAAAAGUGUAAGAUACUUUUGUUCACUAAGGAAAAUGAACACAACUAUGACUUUUACUGUAAAUAUAAAUGCAAUCUCUAAAAGUAACAAACUCCACCACGGUUUAAGCAGAUGAGUCUCUGCCUUUGGAGUGUUAGUAUUUAAUGGGCCCAAUAUUAACUGGUCUUAGCUACAGACCUUAUAUCAUGCAUCUUAAAAAACGUUUAAAAACCCAUCGAUUAAAACAAGGGAACUGAAAAUGUAAAAAUGCUGACUAAUUUCCGGCUAUCAGGAUUCAUUCCUUUUGCAAUCUAUUAGCUUCAUAUGAGCGAACAUAUGGGGUUCACAGUACACUCGCUAACUCACUGUUAACAGCUGCUGCUGCUGCUGCUGCUGCUGCCGCUGCCAAUUACCUCCCUAAUUGUACCUCUUAGAUUAUAUAUGAAGUCUGAUUUUGUCUUUGUUGAUGAGGUCUUUUCUACAGCACUUUGUCUUUAUGGCCUUCCUCUUUGCCUUCAUUAGUCACUACGUUGCCAACGCAGAGAUUCCUAUUUAACCUGCUACGAAUACGCACAUUUGACUGUCAGUGCAGCAUCCAGGAGUCUUUGCUGAUGUUGAACACUGGAGGGCGUCCUCACAGCGGUGACCAUCACAGGUCUCUGAGUGAGAGCAAAAACUGACACAUGAAGGAAGAAGUAUGCAGGGACAAUUAGUGCCACUAAGCCAAAGAUUUGUAAUGCUGAUUUUUUUUAAAUAUAUGUUGUUGAAGCAGUUUAUCCAAUCAUAUUGUGAUUCAGUAUUAGGGAGAGGUUUUUGUUUAGUUAUGAAAGAGAUGUGGUGAAAUGCCAUGUUGAAGAACGAUAUGUGGUGAAAUGCCAUGUUGAAGAAUGAUAAUACAGAGCUGUUGUUUUUACAAUCAUGCUUGAAGGUUGUGGGCCUUUAGACUUAAAUAUAUUGGAUGUGGAUUUAAAGAAAAAAAAGACAGAAGGAGAUUUUUUUGUAAUCUUUUUAACGUCAGAAUCCAAUCUCCGGUUCAUUAAUGGUGUUAUCUUUCUGAUAAAACGGUUCAAAACUUAAUUGAAUUUUUAAAAACACCACGAAAAAUAAUAAUGAAGCCAUUAUAGUCUUUAGCCGUUCUUUUUUUAAUGGCAUGAUUUAACAAACGAAAGAAUAUGAAGGACUAGUUCUCUUUGGUUUUUAAGAAGUAUGACCCUCCAGGAUUUUGUGUACAUAUUCAAAUAAACCAUAGAAAAUAUUUGGUGAUAAUGGAUGAUAUUAAAAGUCAAGGGAGUCCAACACUUUUGAUUACUAUUGAGCUCAUUUUAUCUGAGCUGUGACAAUGAAGAAAUUGCUUGAAAUGAUUCUUAAUGAAUUUAUAAACUCCCAGUCUAGGAAAAGAAUGUAUUAGCAGCUGUGUAAAUGUACAUCAAACUAUAUGCUGUCAAGAGUUUUAUACUGGAACAUUGGUUGUGUGUAUGUUGAUUUUAAAUGUGGGAUGUUUUGAAAGUAUAUUCUACGGGUUCAUUUUCUGUCUAAUAGUAUGCAUUGUUUAACAACCAUGUUCUGUGAAGCCUUUUUAUAUUUAUAUUUUUAAAAGGUUUAAUCAAAAUAAAAAAUAAAAAUCACAUGUAGCCAGCUGUCCUGUAGAUGGCGCCACCGAGCUUCAACCUGGGGUGUAAAUGAAGGAUAUACAGGAUGUGGUUUGGAUUCCUGUAUAAUAUUCAACAAAAAUAUAUUUUGUAAUGUCGACAAGCUUCUUAUUACUAAUCAUUGCAACUAUUAUGAUUCAAGAAAAGAUUGUAAAUGUGUAACUUAUCUUGCUGUCAUUCUAUAGGAACCUAUUUCUCAUCUGUUUUUAAAUUGAAAUCAACUUCUCAUAUCUACGAGCUGUUUUAUAGCAAAUUACUUCAUUAAAUCAAUACAGAAAGAAAA